AUCCUUCGGUGUCCCCUUCUAUUUUUGCUCCGCUUACCGGUACUAUCUUAAUCCUUGACUGAUAUCCCAUCCCUGGCCGGUCCACCUCCCCCUUUCUUCUCCUGCCACCGUUUCACCCAGCAGUGCUCGGGUACUCUACACCCCACAGGACUGGACAUCGCGGCGAGUCGAGUCGACCACCAACUCCCGCGUGGAGGAAGUAACGUAGGCUGUGAAUCACCUCUUUUGUUUCCUCUUGACUUGCCCCGUUACAUUCCAUUACGCUCCUACGGUUCGGACCCAGCGCACGCGACAAGUGAUGGAGUUGAAGUCACUACCCUCGCGAAACACCCGCCAUGGCAGUAGUAGAAAUGGUGGAGCUGCACCCGUGUCAGAGGAAGAGGAAGGAGGGGGAGAAGAAGAGCAACAGAGGAUAAUGCCCGAUGAUGGGAUAGUGGUAUAUAGGGUUUACAAAGAGCGGUGGUUCGGACUUGCUGGGUUAAUGUUGAUGAAUAUUGUGAUCUCCUGGGGGGUUGGUUUGUCUUUGUUUUGUCAUAUGCUGGUUUGGAAGGGAGAUGGGUUUGCUGAUUGGGGAUCAUAGUGGCUCACGUAUGCGCCUGUCAGUGAUAGUACGCAGAUAUGGUUUGGGCUUGACUCUCAGAGUCCAGUGAAUUGGCUGUCUACCGUUAUAUUCUUUACUUAUGGUUUGUGUGGUCUUGCGGUGUGGCCCUUUGUGGUAUGGGAUGGGGUGUGGAAAGCUGACAUGGGAUGUUCAAUUUGGUGUAGUGGUCGCGGCACCGUAUGUCCCUCCCGCCGUUUUUUUCCUUCAUUCAGUCUUCAUGAUAUUCUAACUUGGUUCUUGCAGAGCAGUCUUAUACACCCUCAACCGCCACGGGGUGAAACCCGCUUUAAUGGCCUCCUCAUUCCUGGUCCUGGUGGGAAACUGGAUUCGUUACAGCUGCACGCAACGAAAGAUCUUCGGCGGCGUGAUGUUUGGUCAGAUUCUUAUCGGCUUCGCACAGCCGUUCGUCCUGUCUGCCGCGACGCACUAUAGUGAUCUCUGGUUCACUUCCCGUGGACGGAUAUCUGCUACUGCGCUCACUAGCUUUGCCAAUCCAUUUGGCGCCGCGCUCGGGCAGUUGAUUAACCCCAUGCUUGCCACCAGCCCGGAGAAGAUUCCAGAUAUGACGUUUUGGGUCGCGAUCAUUGCCACGGUUGCCUCGUUGCCGUGGUGGUUUGUCAAGAGUCGGCCGCCGACGCCGCCAUGUGCUAGUGCCGUUGGGGAAAAGCUGGGGUUUCAGGAGAGUCUGGGGGUAGUGUUUAGGAAUAGAGGGUUUUUGUUGGUCUUUGUCAUGGUGAGUUGGGCAUGAAAUGGUGGUCAGGGUCGGAGCUAAUAGGGCGGAUAGUUUUCGGUGUAUCUGGGGUUUUUUAAUGCAAUGUCCUCGCUGCUGAAUCAGGUCCGACACCCCCGGUGCUCUCCAUGCAUUGUUAAGAAACUGACUGGCGUAGAUCAUGCUUCCCUAUGGCUACACCGCUGACGAAGCCGGUAUCACUGGUGCGAUACUUAUCGUCGCGGGAUUAGUUACCUCGGCCAUUGUCUCGCCGAUAAACGACAGAACCCAUAGUUUCCUCACGGCAAUAAGGAUUUUCGUCCCGAUUAUUGCCCUAAGCUAUGUUGCUCUGAUAUUCGCCCCGCGAACGCACACGCUAGCGGCACCCUUCGCAAUAAGCGCUCUCCUCGGCGCCGCCAGUUUCUCACUAUUACCCUUGGUGCUAGAAUGGGCUGUUGAGCAAACCCACCCUGCACCACCGGAAUUGACCAACGUCACACUUUGGGUUGGCGGUCAGAUUCUCGGUGCGGUAUUCCUGAUCAUCAUGGAUGCGUUGAAGGAUAAGGAGGAUAAUGACAAGAUGUGGAAGAGCCUGGUAUUCGAGGCUGUGGUCGCCUGUGUUGUUUCGCCAUUGACGCUGAUGCUCGGUCACAGUGCUAACAAGAGGAUUGAGAUUGACAAGGUUGCCGCGCAGAGGAUUGCUGGGUGAUGGGGAGUGAUUUAGGGAGUACCAGAGUGAUAUCACGGAGUAUGAAUUGCUUUCAGAAGGAUGCAAGGCGCAUAGUUUGCGGAUUUUGACUCGGAUUUAAUGUAUCUUAACUUAUACCUCUGCUUUCACCGUCUCUGCAUGUUUCAGGGAAGCUUGGCUUGUCAGUUUUACGGCGCUCAAUUCAUGGAGUCCUC